ACCAAGUUCCCAGAAGGAGCACCACGGCUGGAGUGCCCACGGCUUCAGAAGAUGGGGUUCUGUAUCCUGUUGUUCUUAGCCAAUGUCCUCCUAACCUCAUGGUUCUCUUCGGCCAAAGGGGAAGGGAUCCAUUGUGAUUUUCCAAAAAUAAGACAUGGAAUAGUGUAUGAUGAAAAGAAAUAUGAGCCAUUUUCACUGGUUCCUGGUGGGAAGAUUUUAUACUACUCCUGUGAAUAUAAUUUUGCGUCUCCUUCAAGUUCCUUCUGGAAUCCCAUAAUUUGCACAGAAGCAGGAUGGUCACCAGUUCCAAAGUGUCUAAGGCUAUGCUUCUUUCCUUCUGUGGAAAACGGUCAUUCUAUGUCUUCAGGUCAAACACACAAAGAAGGUGAUAUUGUACAAAUUGUUUGCAAUCAAGGCUACAGCCUUCAGAAUAAUCAGAGCACCAUCACCUGUGGUGAAGAGGGCUGGUCCAGUCCUCCCAAAUGCAUUUCCCCCAAAUCAGCAGGGAAAUGUGGGCCUCCUCCACGUAUUGACAAUGGAGACAUCACCACCUUGUCAUUACCAGAAUAUGCACCAUUAUCAUCGGUUGAAUAUCAGUGUCAGAACUACUUUUUACUUAAGGGAAAUAAGAUAAUAACAUGCAGAAAUGGAAAGUGGUCUGACCCACCAACCUGCUUACAUGCAUGUGUAAUACCAGAAGAUAUUAUGGAAAAACAUAACAUAGUUCUCAGAUGGAGAGAAAUUAGAAGGAUUUAUUCCCAAUCAGGGGAGACUAUUGAAUUCUUGUGUAAACCUGGAUAUAGAAAAUUAAGAGAAUCGCCUCCAUUUCGUACAAAAUGCAUUGAUGGUCGCAUCAAUUAUCCCACUUGUGUGUAAAAUCACAAUAGAUUUAUUAGUAAACCUUAUGGAUGAACCUUUGUUUAGAAAUACACAUGCUUACUACUAAUUCAAUUUCAAUUUACAUUUGAAAUAUUGGUUAGUUCAUUUCUUCUAAUAAGCAUAUAAACUUUUUUGUUAUAUGGUGAUUAAUCUUAGCGACUGUUGCUACAAUGCAAGAAGACUGAAUUCAAAACUUCUAAUCCAAAACAUGAAAUG